GCCUCACCCGCGUCCAUGGGACGGCCGUCCCUACAAAGCUACUUUCCCCAUCAUUAUCUCUCUGUUUGGCGUCCAACUUGUAUCUUGCGUGUGCUCACGCUCGGUUGGACUUCAAUACGGACUGCCUACCGUACGCAUCGGCUCUUCGGCUGCCGAGGCGAGGCCAUCCAUCGUGACCCCAGACCCAGGAGCCUGGCCUCUUUGCUUUUGUAAUAAUCCCAUCUGCGUCCUGUCAGACGUGAUGCCUCGACUCCCUCUUCAUCGCCUUGCACCUUGAUAUCUCGAGUCUUUCUUUUUCCCAUCUCGCCCUUUUGCGCCUUCUCGAGUCGACAUGGCGCACGAGGAACCCACGAUGCCUGCGCCUGCUGACAUCGACGCCCUCUCCAAGAAGGAACCUUCAACCCCCAUAACUCCCUCCACUCCCUCGAACCAGUCAAGAAGGGAUGAAGCGUCGCCUGAAGCCAUGGCACCCCACGAGAAGGACGCCACGCAUGCUGCUGCCGACCAAGACACUGCACAGGCAGCCCCAGGCGCAGCCCAACAGCCACCCGCGCGCAGCAAGCUCAAGGUUGCCUUGAUCAUGCUGUCACUGGGCAUCUCUGUGCUCCUGGUUGCCCUCGACAUCACCAUUGUCACCACCGCCCUCCCAACCAUCGCCCAGCACUUUCACUCUGCUACUGGCUACACCUGGAUAGGCUCUGCCUACCUCAUCGCCUCGUCCGCUGCAACGCCAAUAUGGGGCAAGGUCUCGGACAUAUUCGGAAGGAAACCCAUCAUACUUGUGACCAACGGCAUCUUCUUUGUUGGCUCGCUGCUCGCUGGCGUCUCCGUCAACAUGGACAUGCUGAUAGCUGCAAGGGUCAUCCAAGGCAUCGGAGGUGGCGGCUUGAUCGUGCUCGUAAACAUCGCCAUCUCGGACCUGUUUGCCAUGAGAGAAAGAGGCGCCUACUUUGGCAUCAUAGGCGGCGUCUGGGCUCUGGCAUCCUCCCUCGGACCCGUGGUUGGUGGAGCCUUCACCCAGAACGUGAGCUGGCGUUGGUGUUUUUAUAUCAACCUUCCGUUGGAUGGCAUUGCCUUUCUGAUUAUCCUCUUCGUUCUCGACUUACAUACUCCCAAGACUCCUAUCCGCGAAGGGCUCAAAGCGGUAGACUGGUUAGGCGCCUUGACCAUGAUUGGCGGCACCACCAUGCUCCUAUUGGGUCUCGAGAUGGGCGGAAUCCAGUUCCCAUGGGAUUCUGCGACCGUGAUAUGCCUGAUUGUAUUCGGGGCAGUCACCAUUGGCAUCUUCUUCGUCAUUGAGCGGCGCAUCGCACCAUAUCCUCUCAUGCCGCUUGAUAUCUUUGCAAAGCGGUCCAAUCUCGCAGCCCUGGGCGUAUGCUUCCUUCAUGCCUUCGUCUUCAUUUCCGGCUCAUAUUUCCUCCCGCUCUAUUUCCAGGCUGUGCUAGGGGCCACCCCGAUCCUUUCCGGAGUCUACCUCUUGCCCACAGCUUUAUCUCUCUCGUUUGUAUCCGCAGGCACGGGCGUCUUCAUCAGGAAAACCGGUCAAUAUCUACCCCCUAUCUGGUUUGGGAUGACUUUGAUGACCUUGGGAUUCGGACUCUUCAUCAACUUGAGCGCCGAUUCCUCUUGGGCCAAGAUCAUCCUCUAUCAAAUUGUUGGGGGUAUUGGCGUCGGACCAAACUUCCAGGCGCCGCUCAUUGCACUGCAAUCUCUGGUACCGAAGCGCGACAUUGCCACCGCAACCGCAGCCUAUGGCUUCAUUCGCAAUCUAGGCUCCGCCAUCUCCGUCGUCGUCGGCGCCGUCAUCUUCCAAAACCAAAUGAAGCACAAGCAGUCUUCGCUCCGCGCGUCUCUGGGCCCUGACCUCGCCUCCGCAUUUGGCGGCGGAUCCGCUGGCGCCAACGUCGGCCUCAUCAACAGUUUGCCUCCCGCGCUGAAGAGGAUUGCGCGCCAGGCCUUUGCCGAGUCGCUGAGCACCAUGUGGAUUAUCUAUGUGGCGUUUUCGGCGCUGGGCCUCGCGGUGAGCUUUUUGAUUACGAGAAAUGUGCUGAAUAAGCACCAUGAGGAGACGAGGACGGGGUUGGAGGAGGAGAAGAAGAAGAGGGAGGAGAGGAGGUUGGAGAGGGAGGAGAGGAAGAAUGGUGGGAAGAAGGCGAAUGGGGUGGAUGGGAAGGGAGGUGACUCGGUGUAAUUGAAGGGCAGGAGAUUUGGAGGAAGGGGAAGACGUCACUUCUUGUAAGAGUAUCUUUGAGCGUUGCGUAUUGGUACAUAUACCCCAUUCAGUCUGUAUGUAUGUGUAGUCUUUGAUUCACAGAGUCUAGGGGUGCCGGUUUGUAGGAUAGAUAUACCCUGUAGUAUAAGCACCCUUAUCCUCUACUAUUAUAGUGCCUAUAGAAGCGCUAUUGCGUCU